AUUCCACUUAGCUUGGUAGCCUCGCAAACCACAAAAAUUCUUCACGCGUCGCUCGUUCCCUAACGAUUGUUUACAGUUCCUACCGCAGUAGUCUAUUGCUGUGUGUUCUGUUUUCAGCAUUUACAUCAAGAGCUCUUGACGAGACAAGUGUCAUUUAGUUCUUUCUAGGUUGUAAAAGCUGAAGGUUGUUCAAAAUGCCGUCACGAGAGACAGAGGAAGUUGAUUGGAACAACCAAGACCCAGCAACUGUAGUUUACAUGAUUGGUAUCUACGGCUGGAGAAAACGCUUCAUCUACUUCCUUAUUCUGGUCUUGUUGGUCAUUACCAUUGUAAAUCUUUCUCUUGUCAUUUGGGUCAUGAGAGUUAUGGACUUCAACCUGGAUGGUAUGGGCAAACUAAGAAUAACUGAUCAAGGGUUGAAACUGUAUGGCGAAGCAGAAUUUGUCAAAGACUUACGUGCAAACAUGAUACGACCAAGACAGAACUCUGAACUUACUCUUCAGUCCACGGCAAAUGUGACUGUAAAUGCCCGCAACUCAGAUGGAAAUAUUACAGGUCAACUUUUUAUAGGAAAUGAUGAAGUUGUGGCCCGUAACCAGAAGUUUUCUAUAAAGACAGACCAAGGAAAAAAUAUACUCUAUGCUGACAAAGAUAAAAUUGUCUUUGCAGCUGAUAAGUUGGAGUUUUCAAGUCCAAAUGGAGCUCAUUUCAGUGGUUCAGUUGAGACUGAGAGUCUUCGGGCCCCUCCCAAGAAAGACCUGCGAUUGGCUUCCUUGACAAGGUCCUUGCACAUGGAUGCUCCAGAUGGCAUGAGCUUUAAAUCUGCAGCUGGCAGUGUAAGAAUUUCAAGCCUACAGGAUGUGACAAUUAAAUCCAUGAGUGGAAAGGUUGUGUUGGAUGCAGAAGAUGUGUCAUUUAAAAAUCUAAAAAUUUACACAGGGUCCGGUGGCUCACCUGCUGCCAAUGCCCGUGAAGUUUGCAUUUGUAAAAAUGGAAAGAUUUUCUUAGCAGCAGCUCAAAGCCAUUGCCAAAGCAGUGCCAGUAUUUGUGAUUAAUGUGUUCUGGAGUAAACUUUUUAUAAUCCAUGUGACUUGCAAAGAGCCUAUGGAUCAUGUCAUGGUGUCUUCCAACGACUUGCCUAAACAUGGCAGUAAGAAUGGUUUAAUUUUGUAUUAAAGCUGGGUUGAUAGCUGUAAUCAGGAUUACAGAUAAUAACUGACAUUGUAAUAAGGACUCAUUGGAGUCCAAUUCAGGCUGUAAUCAUAUGAGUGAUGGACAAAAUCUAAAAACUGCAAAAAGAAAAAGUGUGUUUUGACAAUCACAAGUCCUGUUUCAAAGUCCUGUUGCAAACUGAUUAAAACUAUAGCAAAGCUUGAGAAACAAAACACCCAUUGGAUGAAAGAAAUCAGAUUUAUAAAUAUAACAGUUGAAUUUUUUGCCAUAAGAAAAUGACUCUAAAAGUCUUUGACUCUUUCACUUC